UAAGACAUACUUAAGAAAUGAAGGGUUUUCUUACUAUCAUCCCCAAAUUCAGACCCAAGAUAAUGUCUUUCUAGCAGAGAAAAACGAAAAAGCCAUUGAUGAGGUAGAAGUAACCUGUUUUUGGAGAAGAAACUUGUUCAACAGGUUAAAAGUAAAAAGAACCUUUGAAAGCGGAGGUACCCUAAAAUUCGAGUCUUUUAAAAAUAAACUAAAGUUCGAAUAUUUAAAAGCAAAUGGGACAAAGUUCAUACCUUUCAAAUCAAAUAAUCAAAUUAUGCUUUUAUUUACGGACCACCCUUCUCAGUCAACAUUGAUUGAUAACUGUCAUAUCUUCAUUUUAGGCCGCGAUAACUACCAUUUCCUCCUCUCAAUUUCUCACCAUCGUCAGUCGUUACCGCCGUCAGUAGAUAGAACUCAUCGCCUACCAUUGCCAUUUCUUCCUUGCCGCCGGCAACUGCCAUUUCCUCUGAUGGCAGGUGCUGCUGAAUCAAGUAUGAUUGCUCUUCCAUACACAAAUUUACAGAAGGACAAUCAGUUGAUUUCACCACUAAGCACUCUGCUUAGUGAGGCACCAAACAGAAAACGCCGUAGAACUAAUGAAGAAUCCAGUUCGCAAGAGUUGUUUUCUGUUAACGGGAAAAGUCUAGGCUUUAGUGUUAAAAACCCAUCUUUAGAGAAAGAUAUUGAUGUUAGUUGGCCAAAAAUUUUUACUUUUCAAAGUACUGGGGCUAAUAAGUCUGUUGUAGGAUUUGAAGCAAAACAGUCUUCUUUGUUAGUUCACAAUCAGAGUCAUUUACCAAGGGAAGUAACCUUUGAAGCUCAAAGGAACGUGAGCAAUGCACAUCUACUUGAUGUAGCUCGCAAAAAUGUAGGAAAUGAGAGAAAAGAUAAGGAGAAGUUUCCUGAUUUUUCCAAAGAAGUUGAGAAUGCAAUUAAUAGGAUUGAGUCUCUUAUUCCAUCACUUCAAAAGCUGGUAAAUUCUGCGCAUCUAUCAGAGCAAAAGAGUGUUGGUAAUGUGGCCUUGCCCAAUGUUUCCGGUUCAGCAAACUCUGUAAGAAAAGAAAAAGGCGGGUCAAACACAAGAAAUGAGCCAAAUGUCACUGCUAAUUCCACUUUACUUGGUGGAAACUUGGUUAGUAUGCAAGCAAGACAAGCGCAGGCAAGGAGAAAUCUUCCUGUUUCUUCACGAGUCAAGUGGAGCAGGAAUGUCAAAUUUGUUGAUGAUGACAAUAGUAAUAAUGAUGAUGUUAAAUGCUUGAAUCUGAAUAUGACUCGGAAAAUGGUUGAUAGAACGCAGAAUCGGUUGUUAGCUCAAAACAAUGUUAGAAUGAAGAACUUAGAGUUAGAAAAGAAUGCUGAUGCUCGGGCUAGUCAGAUUCCUAGGCCUAAGCCUCUAAAGGCUGGUAUGGGUGGACCUGAUUCACUAAAAUGUACACCAGGCAGGAGUAGAUCUUUUGCAAGUCAGAAUUCAGAACAAAUACAAGAUUUCACUAUCUUGCCUCGCCAGUCCUACCAUGAAGAAGAUAUUGAGGAAGAGGUAAAAUCGAAACAUUCUACACAAAUUCCAUCUUUGAGGGACACUAGUUUCAUUAGACAUAGCAGUAAGAGUAACUUGGGUAAUUACAAUCAGCAGUGGAGUCAGAAUCAUACCAUUGGAAGAAUCGCACGAGAAAAAGGCCUAUAUUCUGAUAUUGAUAAGUCUAGGGAUUCUGUGGACAGAAAUACUGUAAUCAGGAAAGCGAUACCUCGUGAGCAAAUUUCAGAGGAGACGGACUGGAGUUCAAGUGCAUCUUGUAGUGCAAUAACUGAACAAAGUAGUGGUUCACCAAGUUCUUCAAGUGGAACUUAUGAAUCAUUUGAAACUGUUAGCAAUGACAGUGACGAAAGUGAGCCGCAGCCUACAAAAUUAGGUCGGUCAACAAGGAUUAAACACCCUGAAGUCACUGAGAGUACUGCUUCAGAUUAUGAUGAUACGUCUUUUGAUGAAAGUAGUUUAGAUGAUCAAAACUACUCAGAUACUGCAGGUUCUUCAAGCCAAAUGAGUUCUGCACGAUACCAUAAAUGGAAUACACAAAUGGAAUGUGGAAAAAGGAGAGUACGUGGAUGGAGGAGGCUCGGGAAGAAGCUAGGGAUGAUUUUUCACCAUCAUCAUCACCACCACCACCACCAUCAUUACAGUGAUAAGGAUGAGUCUGAUGCGCAUCAUGCUAGAUCGUUUUGGAAAAUACUUGGAGGGAUUUUUGAUCCCACAAGAAACACUGAUCAUCGUCAGACACCAACCGUUAAGAAGUCAAAAAAAUCCGAGGUAAAGACUAUAGUGAAAAGGAAAGAUCAAGGAAGAAGCUUUCAUACACUAGUCGGUGGGUUUAUGAAGCACAUGAAGCAUUCGAAGAAACCUAAAAAAGUUAAAAAUGGCAACAAGGGGAUUGGAAACAGCAUUCACAAAGGUAAAAAAGAGGGGGGAAAAUUGCCGUGGUGGCCGAAGAUCAAUAGAGGAAGAGGUGGAGUGAAGGUGGCCAACAAGGGAAAGGUCAAGUGUGGAAAUUAUUACAGAACAAAAAGUAUGGCUGCUGCCAAGAUAAUUUUAGGGAAGUAAAAAACUUCCUUUUUUUUUUUUUGCUAACUUGUGAUGUCUUUAGUAUAUGGAGUACAUAUGCAACAAAGUCCAUAGUUUUGGAGUUUGUUAUCAGAUUUGUCUGAUGUUGUGCAGGAUAAACUGGGCCAGCUUGGAUUUGGUACCUCAACAUUGUACUCUAUUUACUUGAUUUUGAUGGUAUAGGAAUACAUGAUCCAAAAUAUUGAUCUUUUCAAUUGUUAAUAGACGAUAGAAUACGUAUAGUUUGUACGGAAAUGUAAUAAUUUUGGCUUAUUUUCUUAAAUUCUGGGCUCUGAAGUAUUUGCUUGUGUUGUGCGGACCUCCAGGUUCCAUCGUGUGCAAACCACCCACUUUUGUCGCUCCGCUACAACUGUUAUUUAAGUUGUGUACUAGUGUUUUUGGGUCCAUCAUUUCAUGUAAUUGUACACAGAGAAGUAUAGUAGCCAGAUGCAUACUGGGAAUAAAGAAUAUAAAUUAAAAAAACUUGAGCAAAGCUUAUGCGAGAAAAAAUUGAGAGGAAAGAGAGAAUAAUAGCCUGUUUGGUUAUUGGCAAACACUUUAUAAGGUUCAUAAUUAUACUUGGCUCUCUCCGAUCAUACUAUUUUAUUCACCAAAUUCAUGCUUAUUU